AUGUCUGAAACUUUAUCAAAUCGCCCGAAAUCUGAAUUAACAAGAGAUGAAUUGAAACAACUAGAAGAGUUUGAAUUUAAACAUGGGCCUAUGUCCCUUAUUACUGAUUCUAUGAAUUCAAAAGUCCCCGUCAUAAUAUCGCUAAGGAAUAACCACAAGAUUAUAGCCCGAGUAAAAGCUUUCGAUAGACAUUGUAACAUGGUUUUAGAAAAUGUGAAAGAACUUUGGACAGAGAAGAAAGGCAAAUCAACUGUCAACCGUGAAAGAUUCAUAAGUAAACUGUUCCUAAGAGGUGACUCAGUUAUUGUCAUAGUGAAGGCACCUUUAGAAUAA